UGCACCAUGGCUCCUCUUAUUGAUGAAUCGCUUCCGAUACACCCUGCACCCAACAAGACGCAGCAAUAUCCAGCACCUCUCAAGCCCAGUGGCGCAUUGGAUCAACAUGAAUUCGAGGAAACGACUCCGGUGAUUGGCCGUGAAUUCCCUAACGUCAACAUUGUCGAUGACAUCUUGAAUGCCCCCAAUGCAGACGAGCUUGUGCGAGACCUUGCUAUCACAAUCUCACAACGCGGUGUUGUCUUCUUCCGCGCCCAAAACAAUCUCACCGAUACCCUCCAGAAGCAAUUGGUACACAAACUAGGCCAAGCAGCCGGAAAACCUGCCGAAUCAACCCUCCAUAUUCAUCCUGUACUAAACAACACCAAUGAAUUUGGUGUUGACGAUGCUCAAGUCAGCACUAUUAGCUCUUUAUCCCGCAAGAAGAUGCAUCGCCACAACCAACAGCGCAACAGACGGCGCUACGACUCGGCACAGUGGCACUCAGACAUCCAAUUUGAGCCCGCACCAGCAGACUACACCUCUUUACGACUAACCCAGCUUCCCAAGACGGGUGGUGAUACCCUCUGGGCGUCUGGCUACGAGAUGUACGACCGAUUCUCGAAGCCAUACCAGAAGUUCUUUGAGACUCUCACCGCAACUUAUAUUGGCGACGGCUUUAUUAAAGCUGCCGAUGCCGAUCCUGAGAAUAUCCGUGUCUAUACCGAGGCUCGCGGUAACCCGCUUAAUGUCGGGAGGGAUCUAUCCACUGUUCAUCCUAUUGUGCGGACGAACCCCGUUACUGGCUGGAAGAGCAUCUAUGCCGUUGGACCUUUUCCCAAGUAUAUCAAUGAACUGAAUCCAGAAGAAUCGGAUGAGUUGCUGAAGAAGUUCUAUAACACCAUUCUUGAGAACCAUGACCUUACAGUGCGGUUUAAGUGGAGACAUGAGAACGAUAUUGCUAUCUGGGAUAACCGCUCCGCUUUCCACACUGCUACUUUUGACUACGAAGGACUUGGAGAGCGAUUUGGUCACCGUGCCGUUGGUAUUGGUGAGAAGCCUUACCUUGAUCCCAACAGCAAGUCAAGAACCGAGGCUCUGGCUACCGAGGGUGUUUAA